AUGUGUGAUAGGGAAACUAGUGGGAAUAACGCUACUACGGUGGAAUAUCCAAUCUUACGGAAUCACUUGAAUGCAGCACAAUGCUGCCAAUAGCAACCAUGGUAACCGUGCGACGCUAGGCUAAGCUGAAACAUGGCGCGGUGUAUGGUACUGUAUUAGCCAGGAGGCUAACGCAAAUAGCCUGUUCAUGCUCUACCUCUUACUUAUCAAGGCUUAGUCUUUGUUUGUUUGUCACCUGCGAGCAUUUCCUCACGCUACUCCUCCGGGGAGUUAAUAUUAACUUUUGUACCCUGUACGCCAGCGUGAAUGUUAGCUUGACUCAGCUAGCUAGCUAGGCAGCUGACUUAAUGAUCCGGAGCACCUGUGGCCCUGCUAAUUCUACGUUUACCUAUGGCUUUCUAUGACGUCUAUUCUCACCCGGCUUUGAUUCGGUACAAAACGAGUGUGUGCACGAAAGCUACGCUGUUUCUGGUUGUGGUUUUGUGCCUCACCUACAUCUCACCUCUGCUCGUUGCCUACAGGAGCCACGGUUUCUGGAUCAAAAGAAGCACCUAUGAGGAACAACCGGAUGUGAGGUUUCAGUACCAGAUUCUGCUGGUGGCAGCAACCAGUCCUCAAGGAGACUAUGUCGCCUGGAGCACCUUCCCCCGUCUUAACAACAUGCUGGGGAACAACCUCCGGAUCCCUUCUGUCUCUGUGAGAGAAGAUGACCAGAACCAGGAUGGGAAGUCUGAUCUCCUGAUUUUUCAACUGCAGUUACCCAUAAAACCGGAGGAACAGGUGUACAGUGUCCAACUGCUGCUCACCUUCAGCUACAAGCUCUUUCGGAUGUCCACAGUGGUGAUGCAGAGCCUGGCUUACGUGCAACACUCCUCAUCCGUCCCCGGGGCGAAGCUGUCCGUUAGCGGAGACCUGAGGCUGAUGCAGAGGACACCGCUGCCUCACCGGGGGCUGUACAACAUUUACAACGUGUCAGUGAUCGACGGAUCCAGCCCCUUUGCUAGUGCGUAUAACCUCGACAGCAUCAUUCGUAGCUACCAGGAAAGAAACUUGACCACAGUGCUGUCCUGUCCCAUGCCGGUCUGGACAGUCGGCCGCGCUGCCGGCUCUCCCUUUCAGCUCAACGCUGAGAUCCGGUACCCCAUGGAGGUCAUUAGCUAUCGGCCCGGCUUCUGGGAAACCAUCAAACAAGCCUGGAUUCAAUACGUCAGCAUCCUCCUGGUCUUCCUCUGGGUCUUCGAACGCGUACAGAGAUUUGUUUUCCAGAACCAGGUUCUCUCCACGGUCACUGUGCCAGUGGGGAAAUGUCACCUGUCGUGAUGCUGCGUCCGGGUGCUCCACAGGAUAUGAGAUUGGAUAAAGAUGUGUCCUUCCCAUUUGUUUAAGAAGUAAUAAUCAUCCCAGAUCUUCGUUUCAUGAAAAAUGCACUAAUUAAUUCAUACUACAGGAAGUACAUCAGUUCUUGCGCUGGAAAAUGCAUUUCUUCUGGUACAUUUCUAGAAAUUACUGACCAAUUUUGUACAUUUUUACUAUUUGUAGGUUCAUGACUUGUUACACUAAUCACAGAAGGGUUUUGUGGAUGAGCUCAUUGGUUGUUUUUGUAUCGUAUGCAGCAUUGCGUGUUGGAUAAUAAUAAUUAAAAAAAUGUUUUUGUUUGGUAUUGUCUUAAA